CGUUCGCAUCCAGAAUUGUAUAAUUUUGGCAGUGGCCUAAGCUAGCUGGCUUGCAGCAAAAAUGAUUGUCACUAAAGCAGGAAUUUUUGUGAGGACGUGCUCCUUCCAUGGAAGGCUCUUUGUGACAAGUGGUGUGUAUCAGAAUUUUCGUCAAUCCCUUGGCAAAAAAGUUAAAUUGGCAUCAAAAUUUUCACGAAGAAAUUUUCAGACAGAGGCAAAGAAUGGAUGGCGCUCAUGGGAAGCAACAGCAAGGCCCACGGGUUUCACUGCUGAAAAUGCAGGAAAAGCUGUUUUGGCUGGAGGGUGUUUGGCUGGUAUUGGAGCUUUGUGUUAUUACGGGCUUGGACUUUCAAAUGAGCUUGGUGCAGUUGAUAAAGCAAGAUUUUGGCCUGAAGAAGUGAGAAGCCGUGUCAAAUCCACAUAUCUUUAUUUUACUGGAAGUUUGGCCAUAACAGCUGUCUCUGCAUAUGGAAUAAGCCAAAGCAACGCAGUCUAUGCAAUGAUGAGGGCAAACAAAUGGCUGGUACUUGGAGGCAGUCUGGUUGCUAUGAUAGGAACAUCUAUUGCCUGUCAGUCAAUUCCGUAUGAACCUGGCUUUAACGCUAAACAUCUGAUGUGGAUAGGACACAGUGCGGUGAUUGGUGCUGUCAUUGCACCAAUGGUACUUCUUGGUGGUCCACUGGUUUUGCGCGCUGCAGCAUACACUGCAGGCACCGUCGCUGGACUCUCCCUAACUGCAGCCUGUGCUCCCGAUGGGAAAUUUCUGACAUGGGGUGGCCCAUUGGCCCUCGCAUUGGGAGGCAUUUGUGUUGCAUCAAUCGGUGGCAUGUUUCUUCCGGCGUCCUCAGCAGUUGGAGCCGGUAUCAAUUCUGUUGUAACAUAUGGUGGGCUGGUCAUUUUCGGAGGCUUCAUGCUGUAUGACACACAGAAGAUAAUAAAGACUGCUGAAGUCACGACGUACCAGCGAAGGCCGUAUGAUCCCAUCAAUGCUUCGCUCGGGAUUUACAUGGACACAAUCAACAUUUUCAUUCGAAUCCUAAUCAUUUUGGCAAACGGAAACCAAAAAAGACGGAAGUAAAUCAACAGCGCGGAAAGUAAGCACGCUGAUUCCGGUGUUCCUGGAACAGUCCCGAAAUUUGUAUAUAUCUGAUUUGUGAUGCCUGAAUUUGACGUAGAUGUAAGCUAAAAUGAUUA